AAGAGGAUAAGGAGAGAGAAAGAGAUUUGCACGCAAAACAUCUCACGCACACUCUCCCUCUCUCUUUUGCUUCUUCGUCCUAAACCCUCCCACUCCCUCUCUCUCUCUCUCUCUCUCUCCUUACCCUAACAAUGGCGGCCAUGGCCGCGCUCGUCUCCUCCCCCUCCCUCUCCUUCUCCCACCACCACCACUCUCGUCGAUCGCCGACCCUCACCUGCUCCGCGAAGCCUCCGCGCCCGGGGAGACCCGCCCUUCGCAAAUCGCCUUCUCCCCGCGAGAACACCGACGAGGUUGAAGCAGUAUCGCAAAAGAGGGUUCCGGGGAGGGGGAAUGAUGAGAAGGUGUAUUUUCCGCCGGAUGGCGCAAGGGGAGAGGCGGGGCGAGCGCAGUCGGCGGCGUUCAAGUCCGCAGGAGCGCAGAGGAAAGACAGGGGAUUGGUGUAUGAUCUUAAGGAGAAUCAGGUCAAUGACACAGGGGGUUUUCAAGAUGCAACAUUUCUUAAUGCUGUUGUGAAGGUUUACUGCACACAUACUGCACCUGAUUACUCGCUUCCUUGGCAGAAACAAAGGCAAUAUACAAGUACAGGCAGCGCUUUCAUGAUUGGUGAUGGGAAGCUCUUAACAAAUGCACAUUGUGUCGAACAUGACACCCAGGUCAAAGUGAAGAGAAGAGGUGACGAUACCAAGUAUGUGGCUAAGGUUUUAGCAAGAGGUAUAGAAUGUGAUAUUGCAUUACUCUCGGUGGAAAAUGAAGAGUUCUGGAGAGGUGCUGAGCCACUACGCAUUGGCCGGUUGCCAUGCCUUCAGGAUGCAGUGACGGUUGUAGGAUAUCCAUUAGGUGGAGAUACUAUAUCCGUGACAAAGGGCGUUGUUUCACGGAUUGAGGUUACUUCAUAUGCUCAUGGAGCAUCAGAUCUGCUUGGUAUUCAAAUUGAUGCAGCUAUAAAUCCAGGGAAUAGUGGUGGGCCUGCUUUUAAUGACCAAGGGGAAUGCAUUGGAGUAGCAUUUCAGGUUUUCAGGUCUGAAGAAGCUGAAAAUAUUGGAUAUGUGAUUCCCACUACCGUGGUGUCUCAUUUUCUGAAUGACUAUGAUAGGAAUGGGAAGUACACUGGAUUUCCUUCCCUUGGGGUCUUACUUCAAAAGUUAGAGAAUCCAGCAUUGCGUGCAUGCUUGAAAGUGCCAUCCAAUGAGGGCGUGCUUGUUCGUAGAGUUGAACCUACUUCUCCAGCUAACAAUGUUUUAAAGAAGGGAGAUGUGAUUGUGAGCUUUGAUGGUGUUCAUGUGGGGAGUGAAGGAACUGUCCCAUUCCGCUCUACAGAGCGUAUUGCUUUCCGCUACCUCAUUAGUCAAAAAUUUUCAGGUGAUGUUGCGGAGCUUGGCAUCAUUCGAGCAGGAUCCUAUAUGAAAGUUCAAACUGUUUUGCAGCCACGGGUUCAUCUGGUGCCAUAUCACAUUGAAGGGGGGCAACCUUCAUAUCUGAUAAUCGCUGGCCUUGUUUUCACUCCAUUGUCGGAACCCUUGAUAGACGAGGAAUGUGAAGAUUCAAUAGGGCUGAAGUUACUAGCCAAGGCACGAUAUUCAUUAGCAAGGUUCGAAGGAGAAGAACUCAUAAUUCUGUCACAGGUUUUAGCAAAUGAAGUAAACAUUGGAUAUGAGGAUAUGGGCAAUCAGCAGGUUAUUAAAUUCAAUGGGACUGUAAUAAAAAACAUUCGCCAUCUUGCUCAUCUCGUCGACACUUGCAAAGACAAGUAUUUGAUAUUUGAAUUCGAAGACAAUUUUCUCGCUGUUUUGGAACGAGAGGCGGCUGCCGCUGCUUCAUCAUGUAUUCUGAAGGAUUACGGAAUUCCAUCCGAGAGAUCAUCCGAUUUGUUAGAGCAGUAUGUGGAUUUAAACGAUGAUAACUGUUUGUUGACUGAGGAAAUCGGCGAAAGCCCCGUUUCAAAUUUCGAAAUCGGAUUUGAUGGUCUUCUGUGGGCUUGAACUCAGUAAUCCGACCAGCAAGUCAUUGAUGAAAGCCACAAAUUCUGCUUCAGAACAGAAAGAGUGAUGGAGCUGAUUGAAAAAUCAACGAAAACGGCUUUUUAAUCCAUUGCGCGACUUUUCAAGACUUGUGCAUGGUUUGUAGAAUUUCUCCAUUCCCCGCAGGUAAAAUUUUGACCGCACAAGCACGCAAAGAUAUCCUCCGCGCAAACACGAAGAUGUUGUAUCUUAAAUUGCCAAAAAUUGGCGUUCUUUACAUUAUUCUUUUUCCAUCGUUUAUUGAGGUGGGAAUUUAAUCCGAUUUUGUCAACUUGUUGUCUCGAUGACGGGUAACUUAUGUAAAUUUUAGAAACAUGCAAUAAAUCGUGAGGAACUUUCGAUUCAUGUGUGUUUAAA